UUUUUUACUAGAGCAGCAUUAUAUAAUUCGAUUAUUCAACAUAUUUUUUUAUAAUUUUAGCAAAUGAGGUAAAAUAUUACUUUAUAGAUACGUAUAUAUAAAUAUAAGUGUUUUUUUUUUUUGUGGUAUGAUUAUAAAUGUCUUCUAUUAAAUUACUUGAAAUUUGUGUUUUAUUAUUCUAUGCAGUUCUGUUUAUGGAAGCACAAAAUAAUAAUAUGAAUUGUACGGAUAGAAAAGCAACAAUCAUUAAUAGCAUUUGCCAAUACAGUGGAUGGCAACAAUUAACGUACAUAAAGGGUGUGCAAUAUCGUAAUACAUAUUAUACGUUAGAAAAUCAUAUUAAUAAAAUUGUCAAACAAUCUAAGAUCAAUCAAAAAGUACGUGCUGCUGUUUUAAUACUUGGCUGUGCAUACAUUAAUGAUUUAAAAAAUAUAUUUGUUUUGGUCAAUCAUUAUUGUAGCAUAUGUCAAGAGACUUUCGAUGAAAAGUAUAAUACCCAUGAAUGUACCACAGAAAUAUUGAACAUAAUUAAGAAAAUAACUUUAUUGGCAACAGUUAUGAAAGAAUCGUUGAUUGCAUUGGAUGCGUUAUACGGUAUGCCAUCAAAUGAGACAACAUAUGACUAUAUGUUAUAUUAUUAUUUGUCACAUUUACAAAAAGUUGAAAACAAUAUUGUUCAUAACCCUCCAUCGCAAACUGAACUAUCGAAUGAUUUAAUAAUCUUAUCAAAAAUGAAAUGUGUUUUUAAUGAAGAGAAUAGAAAAAUUGAAAUUGAAAUAUUUAAUGCAUCUAAAGAAUGUAGAUUUAAACAAAAUAAAUCUGAUUCAAUGCUGCAAAAAUUUAAGAGAUUCACUGACCAUAAUCCACAAAAUGAAAAAAAAAUCCAAUAUUUGAAUAAAAAUAUCAACGAUGAAAUUAAAAAGAUUGUUAUAGAAAAAUUUUACGAUUUAGGCUUCUAUUUUAAUAUAGACACUCAGAUGAUUGAUGUACAAGUACCAGAUGAAAUUAUUAAUAAUAAAAAAAUGGAAAAAAGAAAAUCAAAUUUGCCACAUUUUAUCGAGAUAGAAAAAAAAAAAAAAACUGCAACCGGAAUCGCAGAAAUAGUGGACUUUCUUAUACAAGCAUUAACAUCAAACGAAAAUAAUGAUAAUCAAACAUUAAUUGACCAAAAUUCAUUUAACAUUGACAUCGAAGAAAAAUUGCAUAAUGAAGAUGAAGAAAACCGAUAAAAAAUAUAUUUUCAAGACAUGCGCAAUUAUUUACAAACAUCAAUUAAUUUUCAAGAAUUGAAAAUAAAGAUAUUUGUACAAAAGCUAAAACAAUAGAAUAAUAACAUUAUAUAUUAUAAUAGUUUUAUAAAAAUAUAGUUGUAUUGA